CUUGGCUGCACUAAUUGUGCCUUUUUAGUAAAGUAUCUGCAGCUAACUUAACUAUCUUCCUUUUUACAUCGUGUAGCGUGACAGUGAAGUGUAUUCAUUUUACAAAAAAUAUUUGGGUGUGUUGAAAACAAUUAUUCUAAAAAAUGCCACAAAAUGAGUACAUGGAACGCCAUCGCAAGCUUUAUGGGAGACGUCUUGAUUUUGAGGAGAGAAAACGUAAGAGGGAAGCACGUCUACCUAAAUUACGUGCAAAGAAAGCACAAAAGCUUCGUGGAAUAAAAGCUAAACUCUUUAACAAAGAACGGAGAAAUGAGAAAAUACAAAUAAAAAAGAAUAUUCAGGCUCAUGAAGAAAAGAAAGUUAAGAAACAGGUGGAAAAAAUUGAAGAUGGAGCCUUACCGCAUUACUUGUUGGAUAGAGGCAUCCAAUCAAGUGCAAAAGUUUUGUCAAAUAUGAUUAAACAGAAGCGAAAAGAAAAAGCAGGAAAAUGGGAUGUACCAAUUCCGAAAGUUCGUGCACAAUCAGACGCCGAAGUAUUUAAAGUUCUUAAAACUGGCAAAACAAAACGUAAAGCGUGGAAAAGAAUGGUGACUAAAGUAACUUUUGUGGGCGAAAACUUUACACGAAAACCACCUAAAUUCGAACGAUUUAUUAGACCAAUGGCAUUGCGUAUGAAAAAAGCCCACGUUACGCAUCCUGAAUUAAAGGCCACUUUUCAUUUGCCUAUAAUCGGUGUUAAAAAGAACCCAAGCUCUCCCAUGUUUACAUCUCUUGGCGUUAUUACUAAAGGUACAGUGAUUGAAGUGAAUAUAUCUGAAUUGGGUUUAGUAACUCAAACUGGCAAAGUUGUUUGGGGUAAAUAUGCUCAGGUGACCAACAAUCCAGAAAACGAUGGAGUUAUUAAUGCUGUGUUAUUGGUUUAAAGAUAAAUAUUGUAGUGUUAAGGGUUUAUUAUAAUAACAAGUACAAUUUUUAAUAAAGAGAUUUACAAACCGUACAA